AGUGCAUAAUGCCGCGUAGAAGAAAUAAAGUCGACCCGUUGGAGGAACUGGAGACCUGCAUUAAACUGUUAUGUGAUCAGUCUCACAACCAUAUGAAAGUUCGAGAAUACGAUAAAGCUUUAAUAGGUUACAAUAAGAUUUGCUAUCGAUUAUCACAUGUUCCCAAGCAACACAAACAUUAAUUUCACUUAACAACGCGUAUUUCACAUUAGGGUUGUAUAAUAUAUUAAAUAGCAUUAAUCAUUGAAGGAAAGCAAAUCUCGACAUUUGCAAUUUCUUGACUUAACUGGCUCUUAGAUAUCAUACUACCAAAUUAUAAUAAGAUAAAAUAUAUAUAUAAUUGUAUGGGAAAAUAUGCCCUAAAAAGGAUUUAUUUAUUCUGUUAGAAUUUAGAUAAUUAUAUGUUCAUGUACAUUUUAACUUCCGUCCCACCCACAUGAUUUUUUCUCGAACAAUACCCUAAUAAAGAUGUGCUUGUGGAUUCAUUGAACAAAUUUUGAACGUAAAGAUUGAAUGGAAAAUUCUGUUUUAGCAUAUUCAUAAGCGUAUUUUUUAAAUCAAACUUCUUUCCGCCAAUAUGUCAAGUGUUUUGAAAAACAUUUUAGAUGUUGAUAAGGAACAAGAAUUACUUCAAAGUUUUAUAAGAAUCGGAAUAACUGCAGACGAAGAGUCAGUAGAUGAAUCCACACGCAAACUAAAUCAAGCCCGGUACUAUUCUUCGCCACGUUCAAGACAUUCUUAUAAUGGGAAAAGCUUGUCUAACGCUAUCCCAGGUGUCCGAAAUUUAAAUAGCAAUCGUAAGACCGUAAAAUUUGCUGACGAUGUAGAAAAGAGUGGAAUUGGAGGUCGCGGAAACCGUAUUGAGGCAGAAUUGCGUGCAGCGCGAAGAAAAACCGAGGAUCAAUUAUUAAAAAAAAAGCCAAAAGAAAAUUUUGUAGACUUCUAUACUGAUAAAGAUAGAGCAGCAGCUGUAAGCGCCGGCACUUACGACAUCAAACAAAGCCUGCAAAUAAAACAUAAACAGGAUCGUAAUGAAAUCAUGCAAAUACCGGAUGAGGCAGAUAUUAAUUCCAUUAUAGCAUUGGGGUUGAAAGAAAUUAAAAACGCCAAUCCAGAAAACGCCGUAUAUUUCUUUUCACAGGCUCUCGAACUAAAUGGAACUGACAUAAAUGCGUUAGUUUCUCGAAGUAAAUGUUACCUUUUGCUAGGGGAGCCAUCAAAAGCAUUACAUGAUGCGGAAACUGCACUCACUGAAGACAAAAAUAAUAUUCGAGCCAUUUUCCAAAAAGCAGAAUCCCUCUAUUUUCUUGGUCAAUUCGAACAGAGUCUAAUGUUCUUCCAUCAAGGGUUACGCGCUCGUCCCGAAUUAUCUUCCUUUCGAUUGGGUGUUCAAAAAACUCAAGAAGCCAUUGAGAAUACUAUAGGAACUAGUAAAUGUUCAUCGAUCAACAUUGCACUCAAGUCUGCGAAUAAUAAAAUUUCUACCAAAUCUAAUAGCAAUAAACAAUCUCAAAAAAAUGUACAACAUUCGAAUCGCCCAAAACUAUCCAGAGCCGAAAUUGAACGACAUAAUGCUCGCAAAUUGUUAGGUGAAUUAUGUGUUGACAAGGAAUAUUUAGAAAAACUGUUGAAACACCCGGAUUUAGUUCGAGCCGAUACAAACUCGGAAAAUAUUUCCAAUCAUGCAAAUGAAGCUGUUAACUUUCUAAUAAAACGGCAAGAAUUUUGGCGACAACAACGACCUUGUACAUCACUCACAAGUUACAAAAACCUUCCCCAAGAACCUCUACCAGACUGGUUUUAGAACAAUUUUAUAUAAGUGAAUUAUUAGAAAGUUUACAUAUCUAUAUACUAUGUGGGUUAGCUCAACAUAAUCAAACUAAAGUAAAUUGCAAUUUUAGUAUUUUGAUUUAUAAUAGCUUUAUUUAUAUUUAUAUGUUUUUUUUACAAUGUAACAUUUAUAGGGAUUAUAAUUAACAUUUUCAAAUGUGCAUGGGCUUUCGCCUAUUCUUAUUUAAUUAUUAAUUUUAACCAAAGACAAGCAAUGUUUUUAUAUGUCAUUACAAUGCACAAAUAUCAUGCUAAAUUAAGCCUCAGGAUUCUACAUACUUAGAUUAAUAUGUUAUAAGUAGUGGAUUUUACUAGCAGCAACAAUAACUUCCUGACUUGCAUGUUAACAUUGCUAAUAUUUAUUUAUACUAUAAAAUACUUUCAACAAUAUUAACAUAAACACAUUUGUUUAUGUUAUUUAACUUUGUUAUUUGGUUUAACUUAAUUGAUUUGAAUUUUAUUUUCUUUAACAAUUAAGCAAACUUAGUACAAAUAUACCUACAUUUGUUUCAUUUAA